AGCUUGAACCGGAUGUUAUCCUUGUUGAGCGGCCAUGCUUGGCCAACUUGACAUCCGCGUCCCGCUUUCGUCCCAACGCACAGCUUGUGAUCAAAACAAAUGGAGACAGCUGAGGUAUGUGAGAUUGAUGUGGCGACCAGAAGAAUAGUGGGAGGUAGUGAUUCUCCACCCGACUUGGACAGUCCAUGCCAGGAGGAGGUUCCAGAGUUUGGUUUAGGGCUGUGCUGCACUCAGGAGGAGAGGGGGGAAACUCCCGGCAGAGAGGACAGUCCCAGCGACCUUGGGGAGGCAGAGCUUGAUCCUGGAGGAGACGCAAAGGGUGGAGAUGACAAGACAUUUGGUAGGUGCACCACAGGGAAGGAGGUUGUGCUUCUGAUGCAGGCCCUUAACUCUCUAACCACCCCAGAGGAGAAACUGGCAGCUCUGUGCAAGAAAUAUGCAGAUCUGUUGGAGGAGAGCCGCAGCAUGCAGAAGCAGCUAAAAGCCCUGCAGAAGAAGCAGUCUCAGAUCGUAAAGGAGAAGGUUCAUCUGCAAGGGGAGCACAGCAAGGCCAUCCUGGCCCGCAGCAAGCUGGAGAGUCUCUGUAGGGAGCUGCAGAGACACAACAAGACCCUGAAGGAGGAAAAUGCCCAGCGGUCCAGGGAGUACGAGGAGCAGCGGAAGGAAGCCAUGCUGCACUUCCAGAUGACCUUGGGUGAUAUUGAGGUGCAGAUGGAACAGCACAGCUCGCACAACACCAAGCUGAGGCAGGAGAACAUGGAGCUGGCUGACAAGCUCAAGAAGCUCAUCGAGCAGUAUGAACUCAGAGAGGAGCACAUAGACAAGGUGUUCAAACACAGGGAGCUGCAGCAGCAGCUGAUGGAUGCCAAGUUGCAGAGAAUCACGGAAAUGAUGAAAGAACUGGAGGAGAAGCAGCAGCGAGAGAGAGACUUUCUGCUGAAAGAUGCCACAGAGUCCAGGCGCAAGUGUGAACUGAUGAAGGAUCAGGAAACGCAGCUUAAACAACAGCUCUCUCUGUAUAUGGACAAGUUUGAAGAGUUUCAGAGCACCCUGGCUAAAAGCAACGAAGUCUUCACCACCUUCAGGCAAGAGAUGGAGAAGAUGACAAAAAAGAUCAAGAAGCUGGAGAAGGAAACAACACAGUGGAGGACCAAAUGGGAGAGCAACAACCAGGCCCUGUUACAGAUGGCAGAGGAGAAAACUCUGCGUGACGGCCACUUCAAGGCCCUGCAGGGGAAGCUGGAGCUGCUGGAGAGGUUGUGCAGAGCUCUGCAGAAGGAGAGGAAUGAUCUCAACAACCGGCUCAGCCUCCUCCAGGAUCAGGGAGACAAAGGGAAAGACGCGCCUCCUGAAGUCCAGCCUCAAGAGCCUCCGGCCGAGCAGGAGCAGGAGGAGGUGGAUAACGAGGAGGAGGAGGAAGAUUCUGAAGAUUGGCCUCAGGGCGAUGGUCUGGAGACGGGGAGCAUCCACCAGGCUCCCAGACCACCUGAAGACGCAGCCACUGCUGCUACGCCGACAAGCAGCCAGCCUGUGGAAAGUCCAACCACACAUCAGGACUGAACGAGCCGACGCGUCCUGUGUCUGGAGGUGGGAACGGUGCGACAGGAGCACUUCACUUCAAGCCUAGUUCCACAACUAGCCUGAUCCUGUAGUUAAGAUCGGAAACACCCAUGUUCAAUGGAAAUGGAGAUUUCACAUCUCUUCUUUGUUUCCCCCAAUUCGAAAUGUCCCUCUUCAAAUUUCUACAUGGAAGCUGAACACCUAAAGGGUUUUGCAGUUAAUUGAGAACAGUUAAAUUAUUGUAUCAAGGAUUCUACCACAAACGUUGCUCUUGUUUACGUUGGUGGUUUUAAUUGGCUUUGUCCUUGUUUAAUACCAUGAAUCCAUUUUCAUAGGAAACUUCCACACAGUCUAACUGGCCUUUCAUUUCCCCAUUUCAUUUUUCUUUCUCUUUGGUGUCACAUGUUUCUUUGGGAGUUUGAUUAAAUUGAAUUGAGAUUGUCAUAGGUCACUUUGUAUCAGUGGGAUCUUUAAAGCUGGAGAUGGAAACAGGACGUAGUGCGGAUCCAGUGCAACGUCAGGGUUCAUCUGAGUGGAAUACAUUCAGGUUUUUACACGGUGCAUGUCAUUUGUUUCAGUCUGAAACUUGGGAACGUAGUGACUGCUUCAGGAACUCACUUGCAUAACAAGCUAAACGAGCCUCUAGCUAGAAGGGAUGUGGGCCAAACCUAGACUAAACUACUCUUGUUCACUUUGUUUUCAAACUAGUAAGGGCUUGUUGAGAAGAUCAGAAUUACACCAAACCAUCAGAUGCUUUCAAGUAUUGUGUAGCAACAUUUAGAUCAGACCUCAAACAUAAAAACAGAUAAAUCUACGGCUUCCCUUACAGCAGCAUUAGUUUGUUAGUCAUGUUCCAUGGAUCCUUGAAGGUCAAGCAGCAGAAUGUUGUCAGCAGUCAUGGUUUGCAUGUGGAAGCCACUAAGUUGAGCUUGGAUUUGUGUCUCUGACUGACCUGUAUGUGUGACCAAAACUAUGCUCUAAAAUAACAAGCACUUUCCAGUCUGUUCCCUGCUUUCCUCUGCUCGCUGCGUCAGGGAAGUGGAGCUCCACCAGCUCAGCGCGGGUUAUGUCUGGAGAUCGUUAGGCCUCGCGCUUUCUGUCCUAAUGUCCAUGAAUGGCUGCCUUCAAACCUCUGAAUCUGUAGCUCGCCUUUUACUGUUGAGGAGCUGAUCUGGAUUGAGCCACUGACUGCUGGAUGUUUCCCACAAGUCUCGUGUUUUCCCUUUUUGCAUUUUUGGUUAACGUUGGUGAUUGAUUUGAGGGUCAGAGAACGAGAUGUACGACUGAGACACACUGAGUCCUGGGAGCGUGACUGAGUGGAUUACUGGGUAAUCAAAUUUUCCUCUGAAGCUCGGUUGUUUUUAUGUUAUAAUCCUUAGUAUCCUCAUUAUCCUUAUGCAUCAAAUCCCAUUUUUGUCGCCAUUUAUAUCUGAAAUUAUUCCAGCAAAUAGCAUUCAGUGGAUUGGCUUCCAUGCGUAGUAGUCUUCAUUGUUAUUUUCAUGCACCAAAUUCAAAUUAUUCAGAGAAUUAGGACCUCUGUCAAGGACAGAAUAAUAUUGGAUUAUUUGCAAAAAGGGUCACGAUGUUUUGAGAAUAAAGGUUAAAUUAGUUAAAAGAAAGAAGGAAAACAGGCUUUGAGAUACUAAUAUCAUACUUUUGUUGUUUUGUUUCUUUCUUCAACAUACUAGGUCAGUAAUCCUAUAACAUGUAAAACUGUUUACCUGUGCAGGGGAUUAACAACAAAUAAUUGAGCAAACCUGGUCAGUGAGGAUGUGAUUGGCUCUCGUCUUCAGUCUGCUCCACUAAACCAUGUGAUGUGUCGCUGGCUGCCCAUAGAGGUCAAUGCAUGUGUCAUUUUAAAUGGUACUCAGGGUUAUGUAACAUAAACUCACUUCACUCACCAUGGGUGUGGCCAAACCAACCACGAGCAAAAACUUUGAUCAUUUUUACUUUCCGCUUUUCUUCUCUUACGCUUACCCAACAUUACCAGUGAAUGACACAGGUUGAGACGUCUCUUAUUCAACUGUCAACCAAACCACACUCGUCUCAAGGCAACAAAAAUGAUGUCAGAAGAUGAAGCUUAGUCAUGUCCACGUGUUACUUUGGGUUCUUGAGUGUCCAGAGAACAGUUCUCAACUACUUUGCUUCACUGACAAUGAUUUUUCAUGUAAAUUAUGUUUGAAAAAUGACAUUGGAAUAAUGGGCUUUGUCUUUGAACUUUAUACUGGAAAUAAUUGAAUGUGACUGCUUUUCUAAUGGGUUUGAAUAAAAACAUGUUGAUUUCAAUCAGUGAUUGAUAUUAUCAGGAAGGAGCAGCUAUGUGAACGUAGAGAUAUCAGCAGAGAUUGAUUCAAGUUUUCACGUGUGUUUUGGACAUCCUUUGCAUAUUUUAUUGUAUUUCAGGUUUUCUUUUGGGGCACCCUUCCAUACACCAUAAUGUAGGUACUGUUACGAGACCCCUAAACCUAGAUUAUGGCUCCCAGUCCAUGAAGCGGAACCUGGAACCCCUUUAACUGCUUCAUCUGCAUCUGUCUUCAGACUCCUCCAGUCUGCCCUCUGUGGGUGUAGUUACACAACUGAUACAAGAUUGGCAUCUUUUGAUAUAUUAUGUGCAAAUAUAGGAUAAGAAACCAAUAGAAAUCAGUGUAUUAUUAAAGUUGAGUCAUGGCUGUCACUUUCCCAAACUAAUGUAUGAGCUGUUGUAAAAUUGGGCAAGACUUUGUCGUGCUGUGUCGUUUUAUUUCGCUUCUCCUUCUCACGCAGUUUGUGUUGAUCUAAAAAUGAAAAAGACGUGAACAGGGUCAGGUGGUGGAUAGUUCAAGUCUUGCUCGAGCUGAGGGGAGACUUUGCAGCAUCUACUUCCUUUUUGGUAUUGCCCCAGACCAACGCUCAGGUAAUGCCAGAAUCUACCUCUGCAGGUGAGACUAACUGUGAAAAAAAAAAGAGACAUUAGUCACCAUAGCUUUGGAGAGCUUUUAUUUUUACUAAAAAAACAAAGAUGAGCCCACACACCCUUCUUGAUUGUACAUUGUUCUUAAAGUCCUGUCUUGCUUUUCAAUAAACAUUUUGUAGAAUUUUC